GCACAAGGGGGGGACUGAAGACACUUUUCUGCAAGCUGAUUCUGGUGGGGACUGGCCCAGUGCUCGGCGCUGCGAGCCCCUACGGGGGCGGGGAGAAGUGAAACUUACAAGAACUUUUUGUUAUUGUUUGGGUCGCUUUUUGGUUUGGUUUUUGUUUUUUUGGAUCGUGGUUGCGCUUGGCUUCUCCCAACGCCUGAGCCCUCAUCAGCUCAGGGCCAGGCAGGCUGGGCAGCGCCCCCCCCCCCCCAAAAAAUAGAAGAGAAGAGGAAAAAGCUACAAGCAACAGGCACCCCCCCCCGCCCUUGCAGGUGGAAGCUGAUCGGAGACAGGUGGGGUGCGGAGACCCGGCUGCUGUGAAGGCGGAGCUGACUGCAAAAGGGCUCUCCCCUGGAGGAUCGGGCCGCGUCGAGGCACCCCAUGGCAGCCGGCAGUGAUGCCCCCACAGCCCUGCCGCCCGCCCGGCUCGCUCGCCUCAAACGCUCCCGCCGUUCGGCGUCCCACCUCCCCGUUGCGCUGCGGACGAAGGCCCUGGCGCAGCUGCUCCACCAUCGUUCCCCCGAGCCGGGCAGCACCACCACCCCAGCCCCCGGCCUGCCCUCCCCGGCCCCAGCGCCCCCCGCCGGCGACCCCCACGGGGACAGGGUGGAGCUGGCGCUGCGGGAGGCGGAGGCGGCUCCGGAGCCGGCCCCCGAGGCCGGGCCUGGGUGCGAGGAGCUGACCUUGGACCACCUGCUGGAGAUCGUGGCCCAGCUGGAGUACCACACCCACCCCGAGGACGGGGUGGAGAUCUGCCCCCUCUUCCUCCUGGGCUGCUGCUUCUCCGGGGCCUGCUGCCCCCAGCACCACACCCUCCUGCCCUACCACUGGCAGCUGUGGCAGACGGCCAGCCUGCCCCCCGGCUGGCUGAGCGUCGGGCCCGAGGCCCACGAGACGCUGGAGCGGCUCUACAGCGACCCUGAGCGCACCCUCGUGCGGGCCUCCUACCAAGGCGUCGCCUUCGACAUCGACCUGGUGGCCAUGCAGGUGCGCAACAGUCCCAGAUUCACCCGCGUGCGGCGCCUGGGUACCUCCCCGGCACCUGGCGCCCCCUUCGGCACCAGCCACGUCUACUACUGGCGGGCGCUCGGCGGCUGGCAGCCCUACAGCCAGGACGCUCUCCGGCAGCCUGUACCUGGGCCCCACGCCAGCCCCGGGGCCCCCCCUGGCACAGCCCUACCCCGAGACCUGGGUGCCGCUGGCCCCCGAACAGGACUGGCACCAGGCGCCCGUGGCGGUGGAGGAGCGCGGCUACCGGCUCAUCUACGGGCUCUUUCACAAGAGCCUGCCCGAGUCGCGGUACCGCCUGGAGCGGGUCUGGCGGGUGCAGAACCCCUUCCUGUGGGACAAGUACAAGAGGAAGCAGAGCCACAUGAGCCGGCAGAUGUCCCCGGAGCAGCGGCUGCGGAACGAGCGUCACCUCUUCCACGGGACGUCGGCGGGCGCGGUGCCGGCCAUCUGCAAACACAACCUGGACCCCCGGCUGUCGGGGAAACACGCCGCCCUCUACGGGCAGGGCAGCUACUUCGCCCGCCGGGCCAGCUACUCCCACCGCUACGCGCCCCCCGCCGAGGCCGGCCUGCGCCACGUCUUCCUCUGCAAGGUGCUGGUGGGGCGCUCGGCCCUGGGGCAGCCGGCCCUGCGCCGGCCCCCGGCCCUGGACCCCGGCGACCCGGCCAGCGACCUGUACGACUCGUGCGUGGACAGCCUGAGCGACCCCCAGAUCUACGUGGUCUUCGACAACGACCAGUGCUACCCCUACUUCCUCCUCCAGUACCGCGAGCUGGAGGAGGUGGUGAAGGUGGACUGAGCCGGGGGAAGAACCCAGGAGUCCUGUUGCCGCUGGCGGAGUCGUCCCGUGGUAGCGGCGUGAUUGGUCUGGAUUGGGCCCAGCAGGAAGUGAUGUCACUAGGCCCCACGCGUCUGUCCAGGGUCCAGCAGGAAGUGAUGUCAUUCUACAGCAGGCUGAGAUGUCACAGGACCGGACUCAGUCCUUCAGAGGUCCCGCAGGAAGUGAUGUCAUGCUACAGGGCUCCAGCAGGAAGUGAUGUCUGCCAAUGGGCUUGGCUGCCUGCAGGCCUUGAUGUCACGUAAGAAGGCUGCACCUGGCCAUGAUGUCAUUACGGAGCCAACCAACGGGGUGCAGGACCAGUGGGAGGCCCCGCCCACACUUACAAACCAGAUUCUGAUUGGGUGCAAACUGAGUCAACAAAGCGUGGCCAGCAGGGAGCCCCUCCCACUUUGCCAAACGAGCUCCCCAUUGGCGGAGAGGGCUGCCACACUGGGCUCGAACCCGGCACCUGCCUCUGCGUGUCUGGUGCUGCUUUACCAAGGGGGGGUGGGGCUGGGCCUGGCUCCGGCGCCCCCCAGCAAUAAACCAGGUGCAGAGCUCA